AUGGUGGCCGAAAGCGCGCUGGUUAACUCGGUCACCACCUGCAGUCAACAUGGCCAGAGUCUCUGGCUGGUUGCUGCUGGCUGGUUGUCCAUCGGCUGGUACCUCUUCGUCGUGACCGUCAGCACGAUAGGGGCUAUACAGAUAUUCAGAAAAUACUCCAAACCUCUCCCAAAAGCGACCAGAGCUCUCACAGACCCUAACCUCCCCCAUGUCACCAUCAUCCGGCCCAUCAAAGGCCUCGAGCCAUACCUCUACGAGAACCUGGCGUCCAGCUUUCUCCAGGACUACCCCAGGGACAAGCUGAGCAUCUCUCUCUGCGUCUCUUCAAAGGACGAUCCCGCCUACCCCGUCAUAGAAAAGGUCCUCGCGCGUUUCCCAGAGAUAGACGCUCGUCUCUACCUCGAGCCAAAAUAUGAAGACCAUGAGCUGGGGCCAAACCCGAAGAUUCGCAACAUGAGCCAGGCAUAUCGUGAACUGAAAGGUGAUGUCGUCUGGGUUAUAGAUUGCAACGUCUGGCUAGGGAAGGGAGUCUGCAGCAGGAUGGUAGAGCGUCUGUGUGGACUGGAUUCCAAGGGUCAGAAAUACAAGUUUGUCCACCACCUACCAAUUGUUGUCGACGUCGACAGCGAAGUGGCCGCGAGGGACUUUGAGAGAAACGCCAUCUUCCCUCCUACCAAGUCGAUGAACGGUAACGGCAACGGCAACGGCAACGGCAUGCUCAAAUCUUCUCCCAAUGGCCACGCGCCAGCAGCACCUACACCGACUUCUCCCGUCCAGUCCAUUCUUUCGAUCGGUGGUGGACGACUGGAAGAGAUAUUCCUUUCCUCCUCGCACGCGAAGAUGUACUGCGCAAUCAACACCGUCCUUGUUGCUCCCUGCGUGGUUGGAAAGUCUACCAUGUUCCGACGUUCGCAUCUUGACCAGGUCACCUUGAAUCACUGCAUACCUUCUCGACCAUAUCCUCGACGGCCCGGAUUAGACUCUCUAUCCGACAACAUCUGCGAAGAUCACCUUCUCGGCGAACGCAUGUGGAACGGUAAACUCGCAGAAGAGACAGAAGGGCAGAGUGAAUGGGGUAAACAUGAUCUCGUUUUCGGUGACCUCGCCAUUCAACCAGUCGCCAAGAUGCCCGUUUCAUCAUACAUCGACCGUCGUGUCCGCUGGAUCCGUGUUCGAAAAUACAUCGUCAUCAUGGCAACGAUUGUGGAACCCGGAAUUGAAUGCUUCCUGUGCUCCGCCUAUCUCGCGUUCGGCAUCACUACCGCCCUCCCUCCUCUCCUGUUCGGAAGCCAAUACUGCUCAAAUUUCCUAUCAACAUGGCACGCCUUUGGAUUAGUCUGGGGUCUGAGUACCUUCGUCUGGAUGCUGAUGGACUUCAUGCUAUACCGAACCCUCCUCUCCUCCAUCACCAUCGAAGUAGACGAAAACACACCACAGUUCGCGCGUCCUCCACCCCCAGGCUCGAUUGCCAGACGCUCGUUCCCAGAAUGGUUCCUAGCAUGGCUUGGUCGGGAAACACUUGCUCUACCCAUAUGGAUAUGGAGCGUGUUUGGUGGCGCAACCAUCAUAUGGAGGGAUCGUGAGUUCAGGGUUGGAAUGGACAACGUAGCUCAUGCCGUUGGUCCGGUCUCUAAGAAGCGACCAUCCAAUGGUGUGCUGAGCAGCAACAUGAACGGCCAUUCGCAACGAUCGUACGGGUCAGACGACAGUUGCGAAGUUCGACGGAGAACCCCAAUAGAGAAUUUGACCAAAAUUGGUAUGAAAACUACCGCUGCCGCCAUCGACCUCGACGAAACAAGUCGAUUACUUUAA